AUGAAAAUUUUUCACACUUUGCUUCUCAGUUUCGUAGUUUAUGUUGCUAUCGCAGCGGAAACAGCAACCACUUGUACAGAUGAUCAAGUGUUAGAUGCCAAAAAUUGCAAAACUUAAAUUGGUUUCUUUAAGCAAACUCAAGCCAACGGCAAGAAACACAUAGCCAAGAGACCUUAAUUUACCACAAAUUAUAAGGAUGGAAAUCUUCAAUUCUCAUUGACAUUUACUAAUGCCAAAGAUUUCUAGACAUCUGCAGAAACUGGAUUAAGUACCACAUGUAUUCAGGUUAAUUUGAGAAGAUUCGGCGCUGCCUUUACAAAUGAAGUAGCAGACACUUCUGUAAUUACCUCCACCUAAUAAGACACCUCAAGAAUCUGGAACUUUAGUGUCAAUAAAGAUUAAUUCGACUCAUUAUUUUUGAAGGACGAAUCUAACGACGAGAUCAAAUACACUGGAUUUUAUGCCAUAUCAGUGACCUUGUUAUUACCAAAUGAUAAUGGAGUAAAACCCUUGGCUUUCUUUGCUUUUAAAUUCUCGGCUAUUUUCAGCAAAGAUUUAGCAACCCUUAAAUCAAGUGAAAUCAAACCAAAAGUACAAGCCGAAUAAGUUUGUGCUGAUGAUACUGGAGAAAAAUGUGUCAAUACUGCUCAAUCUACAUUGACAUUGUGUGCUGAUGAAACAUGUGAAACACCUCUAGCAACAAAUGAACUCGUGGUUGGAGACACCAUUUAUGUUAAAUAAACAAUCACUUAAGAUGGAUUUAAAGGAGGAAAAUGGAAACCCAUGGAUGCUGAAAUUACAGUCGUUGCUGAUGGAGUGUCAAAGACAGUGAAGCCUAAGAAAUUGGAUAAAGGAUAGAAUGGAGAACAAAUGUAUCAACUUAAACUAAACUUCUUGGGUAAUAAAGUCACCAUCGCUUCUGACGCCACAUUGGGAGAUACAACUGCUGCAAGAAUCUUAUAAGAAACAGCUGAUGAUCCUUCAGUCGUCGGUUCCACUUCUGUUUCUUGCAUUAAAGAGACUUCCUCUAGCACAUGUCCAUCCUAAGAUUAAGUACUUACAUAUAACUCAGAAAAUUGUGCAGGAGUCUCCUGUGAUGAUGAGGAUCAAAGCUCAAAUGCAAUGAUGUUCAAAGUCGUGAUUGCAUUGUUAGGAUUAUUGAUAUUAUGA